AGUCGAACAGUUGAACGGAUACGGUGGCACUGUGCGACCUCAAGCGACACUGGUGUGCAGACAUAUCGGAUUGACGGGUUGGCUCGUUUCUCCCUCCGGUUGGUUGAGCAUUGUUUUGGGACAGCAUUUGUCCUAACGGCUGGUUUGAAGUUGUGACGAUAGCUGCAGGUUUAUAGGAAGAAUUCUACCAGUCCAAUCUACCCUCCCCUAAAGGUGCAGAGAAGAGGUUCAUUAGGAAUUUGAUACCGUGAUUGAACGGAUCAGUGUACCGUUCGUUACAAGAAGGUUCAAGUGCGCUAUCAAGUUCAAGUUCACAGUGCCCCCGAUAGCGAGGCAAGGUGAAAUGUGAGUCGUCCUUGUGCUCGUUGACCAAACAACAGCCCUCGGUGUCCUGGAAAACAAUCGUGAUCAAUUUUUGCUUCACUGUUUUCGUGCAGUACUUCCGGAUGGUGCCAGGAGCGGGCAAAUCUUUGCUAGUGAAUGAACGAACGAAUUGCUAGCAAUCAAUUGUAACAAUCUUAAAUUCAAUUCUAGCGUACUCUCCGCGUCAGUGUGUUGUUUAAGCUGCGAACAGCCAGUGUGGUGAAGCGUUCGUGCAAACUUUAGUGAUCAGUGACGUUCACAUCCUUCUAUAGCACGUCUGACAGGAUCGUAAAACAUUACCAGCCGUGUGCCGUUAGAAGUGAGGGUUCACAAAACUUACAGUGAUAGAGCAUACUGAGCCUAAAUUCACGCCGUAUGGAAUUUUGAGCAGUGUCGGAACAAAUAGAAUCGUGCCCGGAUAUAGUUUGGCCGCAAGUUCUACUAAGGUGCGUGUGUAUGUUAGUUUGGUGACGUGUGCUGAAGUAUUCAGAUCCGGGGUUCCAGUUUGUGUGUGUGUGUGUGUUUUGUGGAAUCAUUAGUGUCCUCUUACAUCAAAGCUGCACAGAGGUAGCACGGCGUCAAAGUUCGGAGUUGCGUUAGAUGAGCAACGCUAGUGAAUUGUUCUAGUGGAUCAAAAUACUUAGCACUCUCCUCCACCCGUACCGAUGGAGAUCCGGGGGCUUCUGAUGGGUAGACUACGGUUAGGACGACGGGCGAUUCCGCUGGGGCUACUGUGCGUCACGGCGCUACUGCUCCUGUUGCCACCGUCCGCCAUCGUGCAGGGACGGCAUCACGAACUCAACAAUGGUGCCGCCCUCGGUUCGCAUCAGCUGUCGGGUGUCGGCGGCGCUGGCCUUUCCUCCCAGUCCGCCCAGUCCGGAUCGCUCGCAUCCGGUGUGAUAUCGUCCGCACCUGCCGCCUCAUCAUCGUCGGCGCUGUCGUCCGGCGAGGAAGAUCUGGCACGGAUUACGCUCAGCAAAGAUGCAGAUGCAUUUUUUACACCAUAUAUAGGUCACGGUGAGUCCGUACGAAUUAUAGAUCCCGAGUUGGGCACGCUCGAGCGCGAGCAUGUCCACAGUGGAGCAACACCGCGACGGCGCGGUCUGACGAGGCGUGAAUCAAACUCGGACGCCAACGAUAAUGAUCCGCUGGUAGUUAACACCGACAAGGGUCGCAUUCGCGGCAUCACGGUGGAGGCGCCCAGUGGCAAAAAGGUCAACGUGUGGCUUGGCAUUCCCUACGCACAGCCACCGGUUGGACCGCUAAGGUUCCGUCAUCCUCGACCAGCGGAGAAGUGGACCGGAGUGCUGAACACAACGACACCGCCCAACAGCUGCGUUCAGAUUGUGGACACCGUGUUCGGUGACUUCCCGGGUGCGACCAUGUGGAACCCUAACACACCACUCUCGGAGGACUGUCUGUACAUCAACGUGGUAGCACCACGACCCCGUCCCAAGAAUGCUGCCGUUAUGCUGUGGAUCUUUGGUGGAGGAUUCUACUCCGGUACGGCCACACUAGACGUGUACGAUCAUCGGGCGCUUGCCUCGGAGGAGAACGUGAUCGUCGUAUCCCUGCAGUACCGUGUGGCUAGUUUGGGUUUCCUGUUCCUCGGUACACCGGAAGCCCCGGGCAAUGCAGGAUUGUUUGAUCAGAAUCUCGCUCUACGCUGGGUACGGGACAACAUUCACAGGUUCGGUGGUGAUCCAUCCAGAGUGACACUGUUCGGCGAGAGUGCUGGUGCUGUUUCCGUUUCACUCCAUCUGCUCUCCGCUCUUUCGCGAGAUCUGUUCCAGCGAGCCAUUCUGCAGAGUGGUUCACCAACGGCACCGUGGGCACUUGUUUCUCGGGAGGAAGCUACGCUCAGAGCACUACGACUUGCCGAGGCGGUCGCAUGUCCACACGAACCAAGCAAACUGAGCGAGGCGGUCGAAUGUCUGCGUGGUAAGGAUCCGCACGUGCUGGUAAACAAUGAGUGGGGCACGCUCGGCAUCUGCGAGUUCCCGUUCGUGCCGGUCGUCGACGGAGCGUUCCUGGACGAAACACCGCAACGUUCGUUGGCGAGUGGGCGCUUCAAAAAGACGGAAAUUCUCACCGGCAGUAACACGGAGGAAGGUUACUACUUCAUCAUCUACUACCUGACGGAGCUGCUGCGCAAGGAGGAAGGCGUAACCGUGACGCGCGAAGAGUUCUUGCAAGCUGUCCGCGAACUUAACCCGUACGUCAAUGGGGCCGCGCGGCAAGCGAUCGUGUUCGAGUACACCGACUGGACCGAACCGGAUAAUCCGAACAGCAACCGGGAUGCAUUGGACAAAAUGGUGGGCGAUUACCAUUUCACGUGCAACGUGAACGAGUUCGCACAGCGAUACGCCGAGGAGGGCAACAAUGUGUACAUGUAUCUGUACACGCACCGAAGCAAAGGCAAUCCGUGGCCACGCUGGACCGGCGUUAUGCAUGGGGACGAAAUUAACUACGUGUUCGGGGAACCGCUCAACCCUAGCCUUGGUUACACCGACGACGAGAAAGACUUUAGCCGGAAGAUCAUGCGAUACUGGUCAAACUUUGCCAAGACGGGCAACCCCAAUCCCAACACAGCGAGUAGCGAGUUUCCCGAAUGGCCCAAACAUACGGCCCACGGACGGCACUAUCUGGAGCUGGGCCUCAACACGUCCUUCGUCGGUCGGGGUCCACGGUUGAGGCAGUGUGCCUUCUGGAAGAAAUACCUUCCUCAGCUAGUUGCAGCUACCUCUAACCUACAAGUGGCAGCACCGCCAAGUGCACCGUGCGAAAGCAGCGCAUUUUUUUAUCGACCUGAUCUGAUUGUGCUGAUAGUGUCGCUGCUGACAGUUACGGUCAGAUUCAUACAAUAAUUACUACCCCUCCAUGGCCUAGUUCGUUUAAGCUUUAAGAUAGUGAGGAACAAAUUUUUCCUAAACAAUUUGCCCUUUAUAGCGCAGAAGCCAGCGGUACAGUAGGAAAACGUAAAAUGUAAUGGCGGUGAGCAUGCGAGGAAGAAAAGCCAAUGGCGGCCGCAUACAACAGCGCUACCGCUAGUUCACUACAGCAGCAACAAAAUGGAGAGUCUCGGAAAGGAGAACAACAAACAAAAGAACAAACCGAAAUAAAUCACAACUUUCUUAUGGCUAUUAAAGUAACUAAAUGAAUAACAACAGCGACAAACAAAGUCAAAAUAAAGAGAAAAAAACACUAAACCCCGGAGAAAAUGGUAGAUCAGUCGUGUGUAUUGGUAGGAUCGGAGCGACAAGAUGGACACACAAUAGCCAACACGCCCCAAUCACAGUAAUACUUCUUUAAAUCUUUCACGCACACACACACUUCACAAAAAUACAGCAACGUCGUUUGUAGCAGGAUCUACCGACCGGGCCCGUUGGGUGUACACGGCCACAUACUAAACACAACAACACCACGAACUAAUAACACCGGAACAAUAAACAUACCAAUGUUUAAAACAAACCUACUACAUAUAUAGCCUACAUAUAAACACACAUAUUGUACGCGUAAAGAAAAAACUACUAUUUCCUCAUAUUCUGACACAUUCCUUUGUCCGUUGCCUACAACUACAAGAGUAUGAAUUCAUUCCGUAACGCUUAGUGUAACUCGUUAUCAGGUUCGUAAACGGUCGUUACCAGGGAUGAUUGGUUUGUUGGACAGGGGCGUUGGAAAAGCACUUGCCUGGCCCGAAAAAGGUAUCCGCGAGAUUGGGAAAGAUUAUCCAGCUUGUAUCCAGUCCUUUCCACCUUCUUAACACUUCCUCUUCCUUAAACCAAACCCAAAUCAAACCGACGUCAACAAAACUAUUACACAAAAUUAGUAAGUACCGCUGCGUUGUAAUGGAAGAAAGGGGUAUAAUUUUGUUACCGAAAAGCGCAAAAAUCGAAACAUAUUACUUGCAAAAGCAUUCUAAAAACACACACACACACAAAAGAUGGCCAUUUUCCAAACAAAAUGGCGGAUUCAAGGUAAAUUUCAAAACAAAUUUACAAGCAGCCUCCUCUCUAAGCAACCUUUAUAAAUAAUCCCAUUGGAUAAUAACUUAAAACAAAAGCCUAUUGGAGUAAAGCAAAAAGAGAAAAACAAACAAAACGAAACGAAGAUAUUUAAGAAGACAAAAAUCAAAAACACACUCACACAAAACUUAAUACACCUAGGCGUAAUGACCUGCAAAACCAAAAGAAAACCCACAAAUACUAUCAACAAUCAAUUAGCAUGUAACUAAAUGAAAUUUGAAACCCCUCUUUUAGUACUAGCGGUUGGCGCAGCGCAGUCAAAUGGAAACCAGUUUUUCACGAGAAGCGAACAAAUAAGGGAUAAACUAGUUUACUAAAAAUGAAGGAAACGAAGGAAGAACGGCAGCGCGCAGAAAAAAAAACAUUUCUACUUCGACACACAACGUUCAGGCAUGAAAAUUUGCGAGACGAAGAUCCAGCGUGAUUGUGCUGUCGAGUUGCGGUGUAAAAGUGCAACGUUUCCUUUAAAAAGCAUGGCAUAGAAGAUUUCGCUUUGCCCUUGGUCAGGAGGAGGCAAGGAAACUAUAUCGUAUCCAAAAAAUAAUCAGAGCCAUGGGUACAUGGGGAAUAGUUUCGCUACACAACACCGGCUAGAAAGAGUAGCAGGUUCGCUAAGAUUAAGGGCGGCCGAUCGCUUAGAGAUAUUAAAUUAAAUUUAACAGUUAAUUAGAUACCAGAAACCCUAGCGAAGCAGUAAAAAAGCAAAUCAAGAGAGAUGAAAACAAAAACAAAAACAUAAAAGGAAGCUAUAGGUCGGUAUAAGAGAACGAGAGAGUUGAAUGAAAAUAAAAGAAUUAAAUAAUUAAAACAACAACAAAACACACACUCGAAAACAUAUCAUAUCUUGUAAUGCUGUUGCAAUCUAAAUGAUAAAAUCGAAUAGUUUUAAGCUGGCGACGGUGGUGAAGUUGUAUAUGAGGGGCGUGAUGAGUAUAAGGAGACAAAUGGCGCAGAUGCACACUAGAGCAGAGCAAAAAUAAUCACCCAAGUGAGGUUAUGUUUAGAAGAAAAAAAAACCCCAAACGAACGAAACUUCUGAGACAUUUUCCCCGUUUUCGUACAAUACAACAAAUAGGCACAAACCAGUAAAACCAAGCGAUAAGCAGCAACAUAGACAGCAAGCAUAGCAACUCCAAAACUAACCUCGUUAUACACACGCCCUGCAUAUGGCCGUGGACACUUCAGGAUCUGGUGCGCAAACAUAAUGCAAAAUUAACUCCACUGAGUCAUAGCUACAGAAGUUCAAUAGGAAAUCAAUCCACACCACACCCACGAGCAUCAAGCGCCUGAAGGUAGGAUAACAUGAUGGAUUUUGUGUCCAGAUGAAAUAGUGGAUAUAGUAGAAAUUGAACGGCAUCGAGUCGAAUGUGUCAAGCAGAAUCAAACUAUUUAAAUAACGACUGUGCUUUGCUGGAGGGCUGCGAGACGAUAUUUAGAUGUAUGAUUUUCUUUGCCAAAAAUUGCUCUCGUUUUUUUUCCUGGGCGGAUAGAAGAUAAUGGGUGAGAUAAGCCAGACCGUGACGAGGAACAGUAAGCGCCAUUGAGUUGUGGCAGAGUUAAGAACCGUACUGUGACCGAAACCAUUCCUCCCAGCCACUAUACUACUGAUAGCGGUUAUCACCCUCAUUGCGUGUCGCUAACCAAGGCCUGUCUAUAGCACGCCACUUGAUGUGAAAAACAAUAACAGACGGCACCGUUAUCGCUGUUCAAUUAUGUAGUCUUAUAUAAAUAUAUAUAUACUUAUAGUAAUAUAUAUAUACAAAAACAUGUAAGCGCAUACGUUGGGUUGGGCAAUAAAUGGUCGUAGAACGCUGUGUGAAGAUCGAAGAAGAGCGGACCCAAGCAGCAGAAGGUAGCAGCAAAAACGGGCGCCACAUAAAACGCUACAAUUAUUAUAGAAUGUAACAAAACAACAACAACAAAAAAAAGAAACAAACGCUCUUAACGCGCAUUAUUGUGAUGAUUUCCUUGAAGGUAACUGUUUGAAACGGUUGUUUCAGCAACUCUGACAAGCAACUGUCGACAAGUAAUGAAAAGGUAUUUGAAGAAAAUACAAUACGCACGUACGCAUCCUGCACAUGUACACCACCAGGAAAAACAAAAAAAAAAUACCCAUUUACACCCAAAACCCACAUGAAUCCCCCCCCUUCGUGCACAUAAUAAUGUACAAGAAAGCGCCAAUGUGCGUGCACAGCAAAGGAAGUAGCCGCCACAGAGAGCCGCCACAAAUUCCAAAGAACUUUCCUUUUGCACUCGACGCUCAUCGUGAUCGUGAUCAUCUCUCUGUAGUCAAGUCGUCGUAUGUCGGCUCGCAUCGCAUAGGAAUCGUGUGUCCCAAUUCGCACGAUAGGUAAUUGUAGUCCCAAGCAGUGAUUCAGAGGGCCAAAUUCCCAUUUUUAGCAACUUUGGUUAAAUAUUCAGAUCGGUGCGUACGCCAGGCAUCCUUCGUUAUCAUUACUGUUUUACAUUAUAACUCCAUCUGGUUUAAAGCAUUAAAGCAGUUGGAUUAAGGUUCACAGUUUCUUUACCAAAUUUGUUGCGUAGUAUCGUAAUGUUGAACGCAGUAGGGUGAAAAAAGAGGUUUAAUUUAUUGGCACACGUUAAUGAUUUUCGCAGUUGCUACAAAAAACAAAAAUUUCACUCGUUUCCGAUGCACGAUGCGUGUUUUACACAUUCUCCCCCAACCCCGGCCAACAAUGAUUCACGUUGAAAAUGGACCAAUUUUCAAAUGAAAAAACAAACAAAAAAAAGUAUUAUAAAAUUAAUAUCACUAGAGACGUAUGUUAAAUGGGCAAAUAGUGCACAGAUUAAUUGAGGAAAAUGCAGCAAAUCGUGUGCAGGGCAGACAAAUUUUCACUCAAACCCGCUACAGCUAGGUCGGUGAGUCAAAACUAGAAGACAAGCUGCUGGAUAAUGCGUACAAGGAAGGAAUCCUCCAGAAAAUCCUUGAAGAUAGUUUGCAGAUUUUAGACAGUAUAAGUGAGAAGGAUUUCGGUUCGAAAGAACAGCAGGUGAUGUUUCCCGUGGCAAAAGCCUGAUCUUCCCACGAGUCGGGAAACCUCUAGAGGUUGUAGUCCCAAAGAAACGGAAGAAGAGCAGCUUCACCACCAAGCGAUCCCGUGUGCUUUAACAUCCGCUAUUUGUGCGGAUUGAAGUUUUGUUUGUCUCGAUGUUUGCGCACUCGAUUACACGUUGAAUCGGAUGAAUAUAAUCCCCGUACAGAUAAGUUUUGUUGACUUACCCCUGACAGACAACUGGAUGUUAGCAUCCUUCUUGUUGGCACCGGUUCGGCUCUUCUCGAAGAUGAUGAUCAAUGCACAACAGUGUCACUUCUUUCGCACUUUGUUCGUCGUGCAUAAAUUGUAGCCUAAACAUACUUUUAUCGCAUGAAAUCACUUCAGUGCCACCACAAUCCCACUAUUGUUCACGAAAACGCGGAAUUCCACUGCGUACUGCAUGAUCAAACGCGCUUUGCAGCGAUGCAAACGUCAACACGUCAAACGUCAAACGGCUUUGUUUACCAACUACUACGCUAGUCGGUACGAAAACAUGUGGCGAUAGUUGCCUGUUCUUGGGUCCACACAUCCAUCAGGUAUUUUUUUAUAAAUGCAGGAAUUUCUUGAUAACUUCGUAAAAUGCUUCCCGUGGGCUACUAUCAUUUUAAGUGUAUAACAUUUUCCUGCUGCCUUCAGGAUCAAAGACCGACGAUAAAAAAGAAGCAAAUCCCAAACAACCGAACAGAUAGCUGGAUGAAAAUGGAAAAUUAGGACAAGUUUAAGGAAGAUGAUGGAGGAAAAGGAGAAUUGUGAGUAAGGUAAGGUGAUGGAUGUGGUGGAAGUGGGGGAAAGGUAAGAACUAAUGUUCAUAAUACAUAUCAUUUAAGCUUAGAGUUUACGACCGUUUUAUGAAAUUGUAUAUUUUUUAUUACGGAACUCCCACAUCGGUGACAUCCGGAUAAUGCUGGUGGAGAAUAAAAAUCCCAACAAAACUCUCAGAACAGCACACGCAAAACUAGAAAGUAGUAUUAUAACUGGGUUAGCCAACCAGGAAGGGUGCUAAACCGAGAGGCGUAGUUGAAGGUUAGCCAAUCAUCCGAUUGAUGCCCUAGCAAGAGCGAGCACCUUUGAAAAAUCAGUUAGGCAAUCCACUCCACUUCUACCCUAAAGCUUGUGGUGAGCGUUGUUCAUCCAUUAGAAUAUGAAUAGUAAAUAUGUAGCAAACCCUCGCAUUGAUUUGAUGCAUUAUUUCGUCUGCUGGUUCCGUCGGUUUUAAGAAAUAGUAGCACCAUAUGGCAUUGACGGUGGUUGAUGAUAACGCGUCGAAAGUCUAUACAUGAGCGUGCCACAUUGAUAGGAGAAUGACCAAACCACACGGAGGAUACAAUAUUUUUACCAAUCAUCGGCCACAAUCAUUAGGAAGCAAGUCGAAAAUAUCAAAAAGGACGAGCGACAAGCACUACGGUGUAGCGGGAAACGGAGGCGGUUAUUAGUCAGUAUGUUCAAAUUUGCAUUAGUGAUAGUAUUAUACGAUAUUAUAUAUAUACAUACAUAUAUUAAAUCUCGCGUACUAAAGACAGCCUACACGUUUCAUUGGUUAAGCUCAACGAACGUAAAAUUUAAUGCGACGUGAAUCCCCACUGCGCCACUUACUUGUUGCUGAGGCCUGAGGCCUGCUUCGAAGUAUACUGCACAAUAAGAGUAGCUUAUUUCUACCAUUACUCUAUAAGCACGUUGCUGAUUUGGUUUUUGAUAGUGGUUCAUAUGGGCGACCUAGACUAUUUCAACACCUUCAUGAUAUUUCUGUUUCCAUUUGUUCCUUACCUAGAAAAAAAAUGAACACCACCCACUCUAUACCACAAUGCUAAUGCUUUCACGUUAAUCUUCCAAACGAAACUCCCUCCCCCCCACUUUACAAUCGCUAUUUACGUAGUUGUGUUUGAAAUUAGACUCCGAGUAAACGUCUCGUCACUAAGUAGUAGGCCUAAUGACAUAUGGAUAAGUCGGAAACAUCCCCGAACCGGUGGCGCUGUACGAUAUUCAGCAGCAGCGAAAGAUGGAUUCCGGAAUGGAACGUCGGAAGGAAACGUGUCCUUCCGUGUUAAGAUACGAAACACAAUCACACUCUUCGUAUAGUCUACCCGCCAGUCCCCCCCAAUCAGAGAAGUAGCAAGUAAUCAACUCACUAGCGAUAAAAACGGUGCAGAAAGAGGCUAACCUUUAAUAAAGUAAUCUCUUCUAAAUGCAGCCUAUAUUUGUACCGGGAGCCGUUUUAGCUGAAUAAUGUUUAGAUCCUUACCAGUUAAGCUUCAACUAGCGGUAUAUGAUGUAGCGUAGAGUGCAGAGUGUAGGGUGAAUGAUUGGAAUGGAUCUUCACUCAAAACUCAAAAAGACAAACAAACCAACUACUAACUAAUUAUUGCAUUCCACAGAGCAAAGGCUGCGCUAAAGGUGGCUGUGGCCUUCCAGUGAGGCUAUGUGCACAAUGCAACACAAGAGAAUAGUACGGGCUACGAUUUUUCCAAAUCAAAUAGUGACACAACCAAUGCAGGCACUCCGGCAAACCGUGAUCGAGGCACCAAGGGCCGGCACAAUGUAAAGCACCUAUAUAACAGAAUAGAGGGCAAAUCUACCACACACUACCAGUUACUCUCUCCAACCACACGUUGUUGCAUUGCUUUAUAUACUCAAAUGUACUUAUUACUCCUUCCUUUACGUUUCGAUUUGUUCCAAUUGUACACGAUCGUGAGCGAGCAGUAGCGUCACAAGUAAACGAGAGUAAUCCUGCAACGAAUUCAACAUACAUGUUCUGCAUACAUAGGAUCGCUUUAAUACUACGGGCAAAGUUAAAAAGAAAGCCCCGAAACCAGAAACUAACUACUUAUAUUGAGUUACAAAACCUUUGGAAUCGGUUGGUCCUCACAGCAUCUAAAUUAAAGUAACAUACGCCUCACCACGUGCCACCGGGAUUUAAAAUGGUACCGAUUUGCGUUCUCUUACUCGAAUUGCCUCUGCAAGCAAGCAUGGAGCAACUGAAACCGAAGUCAUUAAUAUUGAAAAAAAACGCGGGACAGCAAUUUGUUUGAUGGGUAGUUUAAAUAAUCAGUACUAGAGCAAGUAGACAUUGGCCAAUUAUAAAACGUUAAAGUGUGCAAUCAGCAAAGAGCAGCAUUAAACAAAACAACAGAUGUAUCAAGUUGUAGGCUCCAAUCAUGCGAAAGGACGGACGAUCGACCGGAAGGACGGUGAAAUGCUAAACACAAAAAAAAAAAACAAUAAAAACUCAACUCGCUCAUGAGAAUAUAUCCUUAGCAGAUUGCGGUAGCGCACCGGGCACCGGCUGAGUAUGGGUGACCCCCGAAAAGACAAAAAGAUGAAACGUCACUAUAGCAUAUAUUUAAAUUUAUUAAUUCAUUAAUUGAAUCCUUCUAAGAAUAUUACUAAUGGAAAGAAAUUCGAACGACAGCAAAAACAACAGAAAAAAUGCCCUUGUACUACACACACAACGAUAAGGGCCAAGAUGUCUGGAAAACAAGCAAAAAAGACGCAAAGAAUUCGCAUGGAAAAGCAAGCGCAAACACACAUGAGAAUAAGGAUAAUAAAAGCAACAAAAAAUGAGGAAAAUAUAUGAGAUAUAUAAUGCUUUGUUAAAUGUAAAUGUUGUGUAUAGGAAAUAAAAAGUACACAAUUUUAAA